GCGGGCGGCGCGGCCCGGUCGCGGCCGCGGUCCCGGAGCCGGUUCCGGCCAUGCGGCGGCCGUAGCCAUGCACCGCGCCGAGCUGCGCGACGGGGAGGCGGCGGCGGCCGCUGCGGCCUCCUACCGGGUGCUGAGCCGCCUGCUGGGCUAUGUGGCCGGGCCGGAGGCGGGCGCGGCGGGCGGUGCCGUUACCGGCGCGGCGGGCGCGGGGCCGCUGGGCCUCGGCGGCGGGCGGCUGCCGGUGCUGCCGGGCGGUGCGGCGCUGCGGAGCCCGCGGCCGCCGCCGCAGCUGAUGGUGUUCCGCAACGCGGCGGAGGGGCGGCCGGGCGAGGAGGGCGGCCCGGCGGCGGGCGGCGGGGCCCCGGCGGGAGGCGGCGGGGAGCUGCUGUGCCCGCGGCACCGCUGCGCCCUCGAGCCCAAGGCGGUGACCGGGUGGGGAGCCGCGCCGGCGGGCGGGCUGGAGCUGCAGCUGGCGGCGUUGGGGCUGCGGCCGCCCGGGCUGGGCACGAAGGGACCGGCGGGCUGCCCCUGCCUCGGGCCGCCGGCACCGCCGGCCGGGCCCGCCGCCGAAGAGACGAGCGACGCGCUGCUGGUGCUGGAGGCGCUGGAGCCCGACGAGGCCGGGAGCUGCUCCGAGGAGGAGCCGGGGUCCCCCGGCCGCGCAGCCGCCCGAGCCACCGGCAGAGGAGCCCCCGGCCCCGCGCCGCCGCCCGCAGCCCCCGGGGGAGCCGGCCCCGGCGCCAGGAAGGGCUCGCUCAAGAUCCGCCUCAGCCGCCUCUUCCGCACCAAGAGCUGCAGCGGCGGCUCAGCCACCGGGGACGCCGCCGCCGCCGCCAGCACCGAGGCCCGGCGCGCCGGGGAGCUGCCUGCCUCGGCCGGCAGCCUGACCGAUGUGUGCGGGGCCCGCGGCCGCGAGCAGGAGGCGGGCAGGAAACACAGACUGACAAGAACUCAAAGUGCCUUUUCCCCGGUUGUGUUCAGCCCCCUCUUCACAGGUGAAACAGUGUCACUGGUGGACGUGGACAUCUCGCAGCGAGGACUGACCUCCCCUCACCCUCCGACUCCACCACCUCCACCACGGAGAAGCCUCAGCCUGCUAGAUGAUAUCAGUGGGACGCUGCCUACAUCUGUCCUAGUGGGUCCAAUGGGUUCCUCCCUGCAGUCUUUCCCUCUGCCUCCGCCUCCUCCACCCCAUGCCCCAGAUGCCUUCCCACGGAUUGUCCCCCUGAGGCCGAUGGAGGCGAUGCCCGGCCAGCCCGCCCCACACCUCCAGUGUCCCCUGUACCGCCCGGACUCCAGCAGCUUCGCAGCCAGCUUGAGGGAGCUGGAGAAGUGUGGCUGGUACUGGGGACCGAUGAACUGGGAGGACGCAGAGAUGAAGCUGAAGGGGAAACCGGAUGGGUCCUUUCUGGUCCGAGACAGUUCUGACCCUCGUUACAUCCUGAGCCUCAGCUUUCGGUCGCAGGGCAUCACCCAUCACACCAGGAUGGAGCACUACAGAGGGACCUUCAGCCUGUGGUGCCAUCCCAAGUUUGAAGACCGCUGCCAGUCUGUGGUGGAGUUCAUAAAGAGAGCAAUCAUGCACUCCAAAAACGGGAAGUUUCUCUACUUCCUCCGAUCCAGGGUUCCAGGUCUCCCUCCAACGCCUGUCCAGCUCCUGUACCCAGUCUCCAGGUUCAGCAAUGUCAAAUCCCUUCAGCACCUUUGCCGCUUUCGGAUCAGGCAGUUGGUCCGAAUAGACCACAUUCCCGAGCUCCCGCUGCCCAAGCCCCUGAUCUCCUACAUCCGCAAGUUCUACUACUAUGACCCACAGGAGGAGGUGUAUCUGUCACUGAAGGAAGCUCAGCUCAUCUCCAAACAGAAGCAGGAGACUGAAUCCUCCACGUAGCGAGGCUGCCUCACUCAUCUUGUUGCUGUCACUGAUGGAAUUUGAUUGUUGCCAUCCUGUAGCCCAAGUCUGGCUGUGGUGGAAGGAGGCACGCCACGGGGAACCUGCUUCUGCGGGGCUGCUUCUGCUCUCAAGCUCUUUUGUACAGAGAAGAGGGUUCAAGACUCCCAAGAAGCACAGCAGAAGGGGAACAAGAGCCUCAGCUCCUGGCUGAGGGAGAGGGGUCUUGGAGACAGCUGAGCCCAGCUCGUGGACUCCUUGCAGAACAAAGAAUGUCAUGGCACUAUUUACAAUUUUUGGAAAGUUUUAUUUUUUAAUGUCUUUCGGGUUUGAUUUUAUUUUCAGCAUGAGAAAUACUGUCUUAUGAUCAGCUGAAUUUUAUUAUCCUCCCUUGGAAACUUCAAGGUGGGGAGAGAUAAAGAGAGAUGGGGACUCCCUAGGAAGAUCAUCUGCUCCAGGCGUUAUGGCAAGACUGUUCUUUGGCCCUCACUGAUGGGGAGAUGCAGCCAGAGAGCUGCUUGGAGGCAAGACUGAGCCACGGUGACAUGCAGCUACAUGGAAUAACCUCUGGGAAGCAUGGAGCUCUGAACAGUGGGCAGCUGAGCUUUGCAACUGGGAUUUGCAGGAUGGUCCUAUAUGCUUUUAAGUUGAGCCCAAGGAAGGAAGAGCACAUGAGCCAUUUGGGUGUCAUGGAGCCUUCUGCCAAAGGGAAUGGUUGCUGCUGCACUGGGAUCAUGGGCUGCUCCUCUGAGGAGGCACCGUUCCCUGAGCAAACACUGGAAGACUUUGCUGAGCCUCUGAUAAGUGGAAGGAAGGUGGCAAAGCUGUGGCUGUAACUGUUGCUGCAGUCCAUGGACCAAAGGUACUUGCUUACAGUGAUCUCAGUCCUGCAGAGCCAUGGGACAUGCACUUUUAGCCUUUCUCUGGCUGUCUCCAGAAGCUGUGAAUGAAGUGGCUUUCUGCUGAGCUGUGAAGGAUCUCGACUGGGAGUUGCUGGGGCAUUAAGAGGCAUCUCUGGGCUGACUUGGAGCAAGAAGCAGAUAAGUGAGGGUUCUUCUGGAACAGCAGCUGAUCUCUGUGAGCUUGCUUGCUGCUUCCUCCUCUCCCUGGGAUGUCCACGGAACCACAGCAGUUCGGAAACGGUAAAGCCAAGAGAGGUGGUUGCUCUUGUUGUGUUUCUGGGCUUGGCAUUGGCUAAAAUACCCCUUCACCCCUUCAAAUCCUGCUCUGCAAAGAGUUCGCAUUUCAAGUUUAAAGUUUGCUCAAAGCGAUGCUGAGAAGUCUGGGGAAGCAUCUUUCCUCCUGCAUUGACACGAGCGAGUGUUCCUGUGCUCCCAACCCUGCGGCAGCGUGGUCUGAAGAUGCGAUGCUGUGUGUGGCCUGGGCCUGUGGAUCUGAGCACUCUGUGAGCACUCAAACCACGCUUGGUCUUGCCCUGCAGAAUGAUCCGAGUCCUUGAAUUAGACACAGUCCUGUGGAUCUUAAAACAGCCUGGAAAAAACCCCCCUGAUUGUCUGCCUCUGCCAAGUGUUGCUACGAUGGGUGCUAACAAACCGUGUCCUCCCGCCCCUCACCGUCACCUCUGGCCUCAGUUUUGGCCUUUGAGAAGAAGGGUGGUUUUUAAAAGGAUUUGGCUUCCAGAUGGAACGAACUGAGCUUCAAAAUGUGUAGAAAUACCUCAUCAGACACUGCUCACUACUGACUUUGUGCCGCAUGGUUGGGGCAGUGGUUAUCAGGAGCUGCCCCAAGAUGUGCUGAUCGGCAUAUCCCGACCCUUGGUGAAAUGGGAGCUAAUCCAGCCUACAGCUCCCGUGUCCCUGUGUGGGGCCUGGUGGUGUUCCCUCCCUUGGCUGUAGACCUACAGCUCACACCAGGUUACCAGCGGAGCCUGCAAGUGAAUGCAACUGCUUCAGCUAAAACGCACAGCGCAGCGGGUGAAUGUCAGGGGGGGGAAAAGGCACCUUGUGCAGGUGAAACUCAAAUGUCCACAGCAUCCCGGCUGUCCAUGUGCUGAAGAUCUGACUCUUCCAACUUAUCCAUAUGCUGGAAAGGAAAAACUUCCCGAGAGCCAAGCCUGGUCUGAUGCCUGAAGUGCCCAACUCUGUGCCAGUGAAGAACAGCGUGCCCGGGGCACGUGUCUCCUGCCAAGCUUCCCAAAGAGACCCCGGAGGCGAGGAUACGAUGGCACGGAUAGAUGAUGGCCUGCAGGACGUGUGAGACGGGAGCUGGGAGUCUCCCCUUGCCAAAGCUGGGGAGAAGCUGGUCUUUUCCCUAGUGUGAUGGUAGUGGCAUCGUUUUCACUCUGUCCUUCCCUGUUCUGGGAUGGAGAGGCACAGGCUGGGUUUGGGAAGGGAAAGAAGCCAACCUGGAAGGCAGACCAAGGAAAACUGGUGCUGGGAAGCAGUGCAGAGCCCCAGUGCUGGGCUUGCCUGGGGUGGAAACGCGCAACCCUGCUCUGUGGAGGGUCAGGAGCUCCCCAUGUACCCCCCGAGCUCCCCUGGAGGUGGAUGGGGUGGCUCUGUGGCUUUCAGAGCUGCGGAAGCAGCAGCCAGGCUUUAGGGGCAAUACUUGAACGACGUGUGUUUGGUUGGCUGCCACUGUCCUCGGGAGGACUUCUCCCAAAGCCUACCCAUGCACUUGAACCCUGUGCACGGCAGGGACAGCCCUCCCCGAGCUGAGGCCAGCAGCAAGGCUUUGGAUGUGUCUGGAGCAGCUGGAAUGAUGGAGGAAAGGUGCUCUGGGGUGGUGGGUUGGGGAUGGUGGGACAUUGCAAUGCUGCUGUAGCUGCACGAGACCCUCCUGUUGAUCUGCACCUAUGGAAGUGGUGGGGUCGGCUCUGCCAUGAAGGUGGCAGAUGCUCUUCAGCCUUCCCAGGGCCCUGCUCCACCUCUCCUGGCUUCAAGGAUAGGCAGGAGAGCUGGAGCAUGGUCAGUGGCUGCCGCCCGGGGCUGAUAGUGCUGGAUGAGAUCCCAAGGUUAACUGUAGUUAACAGCCUUCCCUGGAAAUCCAUUUAAAAUAAAGCUGUUCCUAGAGUUCCCUCACAUCCAGGUGUAAGGGGAGCGAGGGACUUGAUCUGUUUGAGCAUGGAGAAGGUCCAGAGCUCUGGUUCCAAGGCUGGAUGUGAGUGGAGCAAGCAGAGUGGUCUUUGCAGAGGGGUGAUCUUGGAGAGGUCAAUCCUGUCUUGCCAAUGGAUCCCCAUCCCUGCUGGGGGAGGAACAGUGAAUGUCUGCAUCCCGCCUGGAAUGGUUUUGUCGGUUGGUUCUGGAGGAUGCUCUCAUCCUGCUGAUUUGGAAGCCAACUUUAUAGCCUCCUUUGUCCAACCUUGAAUUCUGCAGCGGUGGUGCUUGUCCUCCUCCAUCAGGGACCAGAGGCAGAUGAACCAUGAAAUGAACCAUAAAAACUACCAAAGCGCAGAAAGCACCCAUGGAAAAGCUCCUUUUCCAGCUGGAUGGGUGCAGCCUUCAGCUGCCUGGUGGACCUGGGUUGGCAAGGUCCCACUUUGCUCCUGUCCCUGCAGCUUGGUUCACUUCUGCAGCAGGGAAUUCCAAGCAGCCAGGGCAGUUUUCCCAAUGGAAGUUUUCAGCUCAGCAUCGACCUUUUUGAGGCCAAAAGAAGGGAUAAAAAGGAUUCAUCUUUGGUUUGGUUUGGUGGGAACCACCUUGAAGCUGCUCAUGCGAGGUAGAAUCCAUGGUUUUGAAAGCACCAGAUGUGGGGUGCUCCCAUGUGCGGCUGGUUUUUAAACCCUAAAAGUGUUUUUAAUAGGGACCUUAGUUACCAAAUGGGUGCAGGGAGAUGUGCAGGCUCUGCUGCGGGUCUCAUCUGGGAGCGUUUUGGGGAGGAAACCACUGGAAAGCUGGGUUUGCAAAAGGAAGGAUCUUCCUGCUCCCACUAGGAAGGGAAUUGACCGUUCCCCUUUGUUCUUCACAGUUAAGAUCUGCCUUUGGGAUGAUUUUACCCUUAAAACCUGACCUUUUGGAGGGCUUGUUGGGGAUGCUGGCACCCACCCGAGCCCCCCGGGCUUCCAGAGCUGGAGGGAUCUAUCCAAGCAUCCCCCAUAGCACUUCCCAGCCCCUUGCUCCUCAUCCAGAGUCUUCCAGGUGAGAUGGGGCAGGUGGGACCCCCCCAACCACCCCCUGAUGACGGGGGUCCCCCCACUUUGUGCCUCCAGCUGAAAAGCACAACCCAGAACCGCAGCAUCCCCCCACCCAGGGCUUCACCCCCAAACUCACCCAUGGGAGCCGGGUUUGCCUUUAGAGGAGGAGGGAGCAGAUUGGGGCAGCUCCUCGUGCUGCUCCUGGCCAAGGGCUGUUUGAACCACCCUUGGGGAGAAAUGCAGCUUCGCUUCAUGUGACCUUUUUAUUUGGUGUGUGUGUGUGUGUGUGUGCUUUUAAUUUAUUAAAAUAGUUGCUGUAUAAUUUAUUUUCAUAAACUAUAUUAAAAAAAGAAGUUACGGAAAAGGUAAAACCAGCCUCGCAGGGCCCUCUGUGAGAAGAAAUGUUUUUGAUAUAAACACCACCAAUGCACUUUUGGGUGUGUUUGGUUAUUUUUGGGGGUGGGGAAAGGGGGUUGUCUGUAUAUAUUGUAUUAAAGGCAUGUUUGGCCUCUGG